GCACAACUGCGAGCUUUCAUCCCCGAGAUGCUGAAGUAUUCCACAGGUCGCGGGAAACCAGGCUGGGGCAAGGAAAGCUGCAAGCCCAUCUGGUGGCCUGAGGACAUCCCCUGGGCCAACGUCCGCAGCGACGUCCGCACAGAGGAACAGAAGCAGCGGGUGUCAUGGACCCAAGCGUUGCGGACCAUCGUGAAGAACUGCUACAAGCAGCACGGGCGUGAAGACCUGCUCUACGCCUUCGAGGACCAGCAGACACAGCAGCAGACCACCACCACACACAGUAUAGCGCAUCUGGUGCCGUCACAGACGGUGGUACAAACCUUCAGUAAUCCUGAUGGCACCGUGUCCCUCAUCCAG